UUUAAAAUCGUUGAUUGUGAAGUCAAAGAGUCGGCAACGUGAUAAUAUGGUGUAAUUCUGUGUUAUUAAGUGCGGAUUAUAAACAGUAAUCGUGCGGGUUAUGCUUUUUAUCGUUCGAGUUACGCGUUUAUGAUACGAUAUUGAAGUAUCAGUAACAUUAUGGAAAAGGAAAGGUUCUCGUUACUUUUACUAGAACCUGCAGAAAUAUAUUUUGAAGAUUUCAGUGCCUUUUUAUUCCCAGUUGAUGCUAAUGAACAUGACUUUGAGAAGAAGAAACAAAUUGGACGGCUCAAAAUGUGUUCAAAGUCAAUUGUGUUUGAUCCUAAGGAUAUAAACAAACCACUUAUAAAGAUUUCUCUCAAAGAAUGUUUAAACAUAUCAGAAUGGGAUGGAGAACUUGCAGCUAAAUUAUCUCCAAAAAAUAAUGUUAUUGCUGUGAACUGCAAACAGUAUGUGGAGAUGCUGGCAGGAAAUGUGCUGGCUCCAUAUUCAUUUAUAGCUGAAAAGCAUAAGUUUCUUUUCCUUUUAAAUUAUGCCCGACUUACAGACUGUCUACCACAGAUAUGCCAGCUUCACCGUGCGUCAACUCUACCAGCAGCUGAGCAAAGCAGUAUGAUUGCUGCUAUAGUGUACUCUCGUCAGAGUCGUGUUAGUUUUGACACGCUGUGGCUGGAGGACCUGUAUGAGAAGGUGAUCCUAGAGACUCAAGGGAGCAAAAUUACUCCUCUUGUAGUGAACCCUGGCAGAAUUCUGCUCACAUCAUCAAGACUUUACUUCCAGCCUUAUAACAACGUAGAAUCUUAUCCUGUCUUGAAGAUUCGCCUUCCAGAUAUCAGAAGAAUUGUGCAGAGGAGAUUUCUUUUGAGGCAAGUGGGCCUUGAAAUAUACUGUGAUAACAAUAGCCAAGUGACUCAUCUGUACUUAUCAUUUAAAUCAGAAGUAGAGAGAGAUUCCCUUUACCAUGGACUUAUGGACCAACCUUGUGUGCAUUUGGAGAACACAGAGCAGGAGAUGAUGACUCUGCAGUGGCAGAAUGGAGUAUUGUCUAAUUAUGAUUAUCUCCUGUAUAUUAAUAGUAUGGCUGACAGAACAUUUAAUGACCUCACUCAGUAUCCAGUUUUCCCUUGGGUGAUAAAGGAUUACUCAUCCUCAGAACUGAAUUUGGAUGAUCCUAAAUCAUACAGGAACCUUAGUAAACCAGUUGGAGCUCUAAGCGAGGUUCGUCUGGCCAGAUUAAAGGAGCGCUGUAAAGAAAUGUCUCCACCAAAGUUCUUGUACGGCUCUCACUACUCAGCACCAGGAUUUGCUUUGUUCUAUUUAGUGAGGAAGUUUCCACAUUACAUGCUUUGUCUUCAGAAUGGAAGGUUUGAUCAUCCUGAUCGUAUGUUCAACAGUGUACCUGAUGUGUGGAAGAAUGUAACGACAAAUAUGUCAGACUUCAAGGAGGUGAUUCCUGCUUUCUAUGAUGCUGAAGGGGGUGGAGACUUUUUAGUUAAUGCAUAUGGAAUAAACUUUGGCUAUAGACAUGAUGGAACCAAAAUCGGUGAUGUUCAGCUUCCCCCCUGGUCCACUGGACCACAGGAUUUUGUGAGAAAGCUUCGAGAUGCCUUGGAAUCUGACCAUGUGUCAAAUACCUUGAACCAUUGGAUAGAUCUAAUAUUUGGGUAUAAACAGACUGGAAGUGAAGCAGAAAAGGCUGAUAAUUUGUUUUAUUACCUUUGUUAUGAGGGUGCUAUAGAUCUUGAUUCUAUACAAGAUCUGAAUCAGCGGCAUGCUUUAGAAGUGCAGAUUAUGGAAUUUGGUCAAAUUCCAAAACAAAUCUUCACAUUGCCACAUCCACAGAGACUAACUGGUCUCCCACCUUUGAUAACAACAAAUUUAGAAGAGAGUUCCAAUGCCACAUCAGAGAUGGAGAAGAGCAGCGCAUUCCGUGAUAGGGUGCACAGUGUUUCACAUUUCCCUGUGUGGCACAGCUUCAGCACAUUGAGAAACAUUGCCUCAUUUCAGUCUCAUAAAGAGGCAGUGACUGCAGUUGCUGUUGCUGAAAACAAGCAGUUUGUGGUAUCAGUGGGACAGGAUUCUCUUCUCAAAAUGUAUUCUAUUUCAGAAAAGAGGCAGGUGCGCAGUGUAACUCUGUCCUCCAUGGCAUUAUCGUCAUGCAUUAUUAUGCCUGAUGAUAAAUCUCUCAUAGUGGGAUCAUGGGACAAUAACAUAAUUCUGUACAAUCUGGAGUUUGGAAGAGAAAUGGACUCUGUUCGAGGUCAUGAAGAUGCAGUAUCAUGUCUUGCUUGGGGCAGCAAUAAUCAAGUUCUAGUGUCUGGAUCUUGGGACUGUUCAGUACGAGUGUGGCAAGGGAUGGCUGAUGGGCGUCGGAUCAAACCUUCAUCGUCUUUAACAGCUCAGUUUGACCACGAUGCCCAUAUAACUUGCCUAUCAUUGACCAGGGAUAACAAACUGCUUGUGUCUGGUACACAGGAUGGUGACCUGUUUGUGUGGUCAGUGGAAACCCAGUCUUUGAAUCAACAACUUCCACGGCAUAAUGAUACAGUAUAUGCAGCAAGCUUUAGUCCAGAUGGCAACAAGUUGGUGUCAUGUGGCGAGGAUAAAACUUUCAAAGUUUUUGAUCUGACCUCUGGGAUGCUAGUGUACACCAAAACACUUGAUGAAGAAUUAAGGUGCCUUUGUUGGGAUGGUUUUACUUUGAUUCUUGGGGGAAGCUUUGGAAAUCUGUACAUAUGGGACUUGGUCCAAGUGAAACUGCUGAAACAAAUAUCAGCUCAUAUUGGGGCAGUUACUGCUGUAGCUUCCUCUAAUGACGGCACUGUGGUUGUAACUGGUGGAGAAGAUCGUCGUGUUGUAAUCUGGAAACCAUCCUCUGAUAGCUGAACUGAUGUAAAGCAUAGUGUUAAACUUUGUAAGUAAUUUCUAACUGUACCAGUAUUGAUUAAGAUGUAAAUAAUAGAUAUAGACUUGUUGACUUAUGUAUGCCAUUCUUGAACAUUGUCUUCCUGUUAUUACAGUAUUGGUGAUUGGUCAUUAUAUAAUGGAAGAACAACACUUAUCAGGAGAGUUUUUAAUAUCACACUUGGAAACUGUGCUUGUAGUAACAUCACUUUUUAAUUUUCAUACUACAUUAAAUUAAGUAGUCAGUCCAUACUAAAUAAAUGUAUAGAGCAUGUCUUCUGUAAAAAGUCUUAUUGACUGUGUGUGAAGUGGAGUUAAAGUAGGAAAGCUGUGGCAGUGAAUGUUUAUUUUCUGAAUAAGUGUCGAUGCAAAACAUAAUGAAAUACUGUAGCUGGCUACCAGAUGUUAAAAAAAUCCUUAACAGUAAAUAUUGGAGUUGAAUUCUUAAAGAAGAAGAGUAGUUUAAGGGCAGUUAAAGUUGGUAUACACCGAACAUAUUAUUAAUUUUAAAUGUGGGUGCAAUUAUCUUCAGUGAAAUUUUGAAUAUAAUUGCAUUAUUUAUCAUCCUUUUAAUUUCCUUGUUGUGUUUUCAUUGUACUGAUUUUGUCUUUCAGAUGCAUUGUGAUUUAUGGUAUAGCUGCACAUGUUGUGUAAUAUGCUCUUUAAUAACUUUUAUGUUCGAAUUUAAAUUCUUUUGCACUGUUUAGAACCAUUUGCUCUAAAUUAUUACAAAUAAACUUUGAAGGAAGAUAAGUGAGGAAAGGUUGAACCCAGAAUUGUGGAAAAUUUAUGACUGUAUGUACUCUUGAAAUCAGUAAGUUUGGCCAUUCAUAUGAUAGUUUGUUACUUCAAUAAACACAUUCUACUUCUAAGGUUUGACGGUCUCCGUCCCUUCAACAGAAUAUACUCCCUGUUACUUCUGCAUUUCACUGUAUUUGUUAAUUGAUUUAAUUUCUGUUACACCAACUGCCUUGCCUGUGAUGCCAUACAAAGAAUACAUAUCAUUGUCCAUUUACAGAAAACACCAAAGCUGGUUUCAUCGCCAAGGUUCGUACUUGAUUAUUUUUAAAUAUGCAGUUUUUAUGGGCUGAAGGUGUCUCUUUUGGUGCAAGAUGUUAAAAGCUGAUGCAGAGCUUAAUUUUGUACAAUUUUCUUUGUGUUAGAUUCAUGGAUGUUCUUAUUUUAUAUGGUCACAAUGAUAUGGUAAGAAAUUGUGUUUUGUCUCAUAUAUUUUAGGCUAUAGCUAUUCAAACAUAGCUAUAGACAGCAUUAACCAGUUACCUUUGUCUUAGUGAUGUCAUGGGUUGUGUUUUCUUUGAGUUGACUGAGUAUUUAAAAAUUAUUUUAGACAAUCUUUUCCUUCUAAAGGUUAAUGUCUAAUCUAAUACUUGGGUACUGGAUACUGAGAAUGACCCGUUCUUCAAGUGCCUGAGCACUGCGGGUCCCAACUUUUCGUUGGCUUUGAACUAUAGACAUUCAGUAGGACAGCUUGGACGAGGGAUCGGCCCAUCGCAAGGCCUCUACCUGUACACAGGACAGCACAACAGGACAAACAUCCAUGGCUUGAGUGGGAUUCGAAUUCUCGGUCCCAGCGACCAAGCGGCACAAAGCCCAUGCCUCAGACCACGCAGCCACUGCGGACCCCCUAAUCUAAUACAAUCUGUGAUAAUCAUUCUUGUAUUUUAUUUAUACAUAAAAACCUGAUGUAUCAAAUUUUUCAUAAGGAUAUUGUCAGUAUUGUUCGUAACACAUUCUUUACAAUCAUUGUAAACAGAUUACGGGUGGAAGUGAAGAAUUUCAUAACUGGCUCUGUCUACUUUCAUGCAACUUGUUCAUAUUGCAUAUUCCUAUAGCGUGUUUAUCAGCAUUUGGUUAAAAAUCUUUUGAAAACAGUUUACAUACUUGUUUAAUUAUUUUUGACCUUGUUUCCUGAAUGGAAAAUACAUCUGUAUAUUGGUAAUUUCUCUGUCUGUCUCUCCCAUCAGUGAAAUAAGUUACAUUAUGUCGGUUUAAUGAUUUUGUCAUUGGCAGUACUGAGAUGGCCAUGUGAACUUCUUAUGAGGUGGGCUGAUUCAGUAGCAUCCUUACCAUGUGAUCUGAAAUGUUAUAUGAUGGUGAAUUUUAAAAAGUAUGCCAUUUUUGGCAGGAUCACUUUAAUUUGAGAUAAAAAAUAAGAACACAGAAGUCGUGGGAAAAAUAAAUGUGCUUCUGUAAUUCACGAUUGUAGCUUAUGAGUUUUAACUAGGAAUGACAAAUGUGGGAAGAUGAAUUUUGUUUCAAGUACAUGAGUAUGGGUAUGGUGAUGGUGAUGCAUAUAGUAUGCUUCAGUAGUUUACCUUUCUGAAAACAAAAGCUUCUGGAAACAAGCCCAUGUCUAUCUUAUUGCACAUAUUAGGCAUUAUAAUGAGUAGACAUUGCUAAAUGCUAUUUAAAUGCUUAAUUAAGUGUGAUAUUAAUUGCUGAAAAUGAAAACAAAGUUGAAUGUUACCUUACAGGUAAUCAAAUUUGUGAUAAAAUUCUGCAUUUAUGUGCAACCUCUGAGAUGUCUCAUUUCGUGUUUGUUAUUAUAUGGGAUGUCCAUAGCUUAACUACGUGUUCUUGGGAUCAUUUUGAGUCGAAAAGUUCUAAUAAACGUGAGUCUGAUCUGCAACAGUUUGUCAAGAAAGUGCUCUGCACUCACUAUGAACUGGUUGUUUGAGAAAUUAGUUCACUAAGCUGCGCACAUGGUGCACGUAGGCAAGACAGGGCAGUCAGUGCUAAAGACCGCUAGACAUCUAAGCGCUACUUGCGUUUCCUUCGGGAAGAGCUGCCAUUUAUGUUGGAAGAUUUACUCUGCAAACCAGGCAAGAAAUGUGGCUGCAGCAAGAUGGUGCACCUAUUCAUUUUGGUAGGUAGGUGACUGCAUUUCUGAAUCACCAGUUUCCAGACCAUUGGAUUGGCCAAGGUGGUCCAGUUGCUUGGCCAGCAAGAUCACCAGAUCUUUCAGCAGUGGACUACUUCCUCUGGGGUCGCAUGAAAUCCCUGGUGUAUGCCAUCAAGUCAAACAGUAUGACUGAGCUGCUAAAUCAAAUAAUUGACUCUGGUGCUAACAUCAGAAAUGAUCAUGACUUUGUGAAGAGGGCUGUUACUUCUAUUACACAAAGAGCUCAACUGUGCAUCAACAAUCAGGGUCGCCAUUUUGAGUCACGUAAAUAACGUGAGUAAUUGAAAAUGCAAUUUAGAGUGUAGUCUGAACUUAACAACAACAACAACAAUGUAAUUAAAAUUAAAUGGAAAUAAUGUAAAAGUUACAAAUGCAGUAAAAUGCUCAUUCUCAUUUUUGACGAGCCAUUUCAGAUGGGACCCGUGUUUAUUUGAACUUUGACUCAAAAUGAUCGCAAGAGCACGUAGUUAAGCUAUGGACAUUCUGUAUAUUUUAUUGUUAAUCAUAUUUGUGUAGUUGUAGUCCAGUGUACUAUUUUAAUUUCAGGAUGGUUUAUAUGUUUUAUAAAGAAUUUUGAAAGCUCUUUUAACUAUUAAGUUUCAUGUUGCUUUUAUAAAGAUUUAUUGAACUUAAAAAUGCUUUGUCAUACUAGGCUAUAAUUAAAUUCAAGCUUACAACAGAAUUUGGAAUUGCAUCAUGGAUAUUUUUAUGUGUAUGACAGGUACUCGCUGUGGAAAUUUGGAAGAAUAGAAAUGUGUGUUAUUUGGAGUGGAAAAUGUGUUGUUGUUUAUUGGAAAUAAGAUAAUUUUUACAUACAGA